AUGGCCGCUAGGACGAUGUUCGAGAAAAUAUGGAACGCCCACAUUGUUCACGAGGAACCCGGGCAGCCCUCCCUCAUCUAUGUUGACCUGCACCUGGUGCACGAAGUCACCUCACCCCAGGCGUUCGACGGGUUGCGCCUCGCCGGUCGCAAGGUUCGCCGUCCCGACCUAACCGUCGCCACCGCCGACCACAACACCCCGACCUGGGAGCUGACCCGCCCCAUUGAAGACCAGAUUUCCAAGGCGCAGCUGGAUGCCCUGGAUCGCAACGCCGCCGAGUUCGGCUUGCCUAAUUAUUACGACCGCUUCAGUGAAAAUCAGGGCAUCGUUCACGUCAUCGGUCCCGAUCUGGGAUACACGUUGCCAGGCAAAACCGUGGUCUGCGGGGAUAGCCAUACUUCCACCCACGGCGCCCUCGGCUGCUUCGCCGUCGACCAUGGAAUCCGCGUCGACGGCCCGCUGCCAAACGGUGUUUCGGCCAAGGACGUCAUCUUCGGCAUCAUCGGCAAGAUCGGUGUCAAUGGCGGUACCGGCCACGUGAUCGAGUACACCGGAGAAGCCAUUCGCGCCCUGUCGAUGGACGGACGCAUGACCGUCUGCAACAUGAGCAUCGAGGCCGGCGCCCGCGCCGGCAUGAUCGCCCCCGACGACACCACGUUCGACUAUGUUCGGACCCGUCCUUAUGCGCCCAAGGGAGCCGAGCUGGAAGCAAAAAUAGAAGAAUGGCGUGGCCUCGUUACCGAUGCCGGCGCAACAUACGAUAAGACCGUCGUGAUCCCCGCCAGCGAACUGACACCCUUCGUUACCUGGGGCACCAAACCAGACAUGGUGGCCUCCGUGACCGACCGCAUCCCAGACCCCGCCUCCUUCGCCACCGCCGGGGAACGCGAGGCUGCCGAACGCGCUCUCGAAUACAUGGGACUGGAGGCCAACCAGGCGAUCCAGGACAUCAAAAUUGACCGUGUGUUCCUUGGCGCCUGCACCAAUGCCCGCAUCGACGAUCUUCGCGCCGCCGCCAACGUAAUCAAGGGCCGCCAGGUUAAUUCCGACGUUUACGCCAUGGUCGUCCCCGGGUCAGCGCGCGUGAAAAUGGAAGCCGAGGCCGAGGGGCUGGAUCAGGUGUUCAAGGAAGCCGGGUUUGACUGGCGCGUAGCCGGCUGCUCGAUGUGCCUGGGCAUGAAUCCCGACAUCCUGGAACCGGGCCAGCGUUGCGCUUCCACCUCCAACCGCAACUUCGAAGGACGCCAGGGUAACGGUGGCCGCACCCACCUGGUCAGCCCCGAGAUGGCCGCUGCUGCCGCCAUCGCCGGACACUUCGUCGACGUCAGGGAUUUCUGA